CAGGUUCGGAAGAGCGCGCCCAGCCGAGCUCGGAGCCCCGGCGAUCGGAUCCCUCCUGUGCCACGUCCGCCGAGUCCUCCCCGCUCCAGGAGCCCUGCCCCGGCCGCAGCCACGACACCCCUAAACCCCGGACACCCAGCACCAUUCAGCGCGAAGCUCUUUCACCAGAUCUAUGGCAUUCUGACAAUGAACAGGCGCGCUCAGUUAUUGGAACAGCUGCAGUUUGUCCAGUUGAAAUGCACAUCUCGAGACAUGCCCUGUGUGCAGGCUCAGUAUGGGCCGGCCCCUCCAGGCUCCACUUACUCCGGCCAGUCCUUCGGCUACCAGGGUGACAGCUACGGCUCUGACCUUAUGACGCCGGACUACACCAAGCUGGACCUGGGUGGGGGUGAGAUCUCUGCCGCUGCCACCACCUCCCUCCCGAGCUUCAACGUCUUUGUGGAGGGCAGCUACGAGCCCAAGUCCUCCUGCCUCUACCAGAUGCCCCCCCACAGGCCUAUCAUCAAGAAGGAGGAGGAGAGUUACCCAACUGCCCCGCCCAUGGAGGCCAUGACCUCCACCACCAUGUACUUUAAGCAGUCCCCUCCAUCCACCCCCACCACCCCAUCCAUGACACAGCAGCCUGGGACCUCCUUCAUGUGGGAUGAACACUCCUUGGGCCCCCAGUCUCACCCUCACUCCAUGGGCUCGGGCCUCGAGUCAGGACCCCUCAAGUCCCCUCGCUUUUCGCACUUUUACCAGCACUCCCCGCCUCACAGCGGCGGCAGCGUUGGCGGCUACGAGAGCCUCGGAGGGGGGCUAGUUCGCACCUCGUCCUCUUCAUCCUCAUCUUCUUCGUCAGUGUCCCACCCGCACGGCCAGCACCUGGAGCAGCCCAUGUACCAGCUGCACCGCGGGGCCGGGGGCAGCAGCCUCGCCUUCCGCUCCCUGGCUCUGGGACCGUGUGGCCCCCUGCUAGGGGACAGCCUGCCCUCGCCGCCCCCUCGGGGCCCACCGGGAGAGGGGACCUGCGCGGUGUGUGGGGACAACGCAGCAUGCCAGCACUACGGCGUACGCACCUGCGAGGGCUGCAAGGGCUUCUUCAAGCGCACCGUGCAGAAAAACGCCAAGUAUGUGUGUCUGGCCAGCAAGAACUGUCCUGUGGACAAAAGGAGACGCAACCGCUGCCAGUACUGCCGCUUUCAGAAGUGCCUCAGCGUGGGCAUGGUGAAAGAAGUGGUCCGUACUGACAGCUUGAAGGGCCGCAGAGGACGGCUGCCCUCCAAACCAAAAAGCCCCCUACAGACAGAGGCGUCGCCGCCGUCGCCCCCGCUCAGCCUGCUCUCUGCUCUGCUCAGGGCUUACUCCCACUGCACACCACGAGACCUUGACUACAGCCAGUUCAGCGCCGCCGACCCUCCGUCCUCCACCUCAGACGUGGAGCACAUCCAGCUCUUCUACAGGCUGCUCACCAUCUCGAUGGAGACCACCAGGUGCUGGGCCGAGCGGCUGCCGGGCUUCACCGAGCUCCAGCGUGACGAUCAGAACCUGCUCAUAGACUCGGCCUUUUUGGAGCUGUUUGUCCUGCGACUCGCAUACAGGUCUAUGCUGUCGGAGGACAAGCUGGUGUUGUGCAACGGCUUGGUGCUGCACAGGUUCCAGUGCCUUCGCGGGUUUGGAGAGUGGCUGGACUCCAUCCGGGAUUUCUCUACCCACCUUCAGACCCUCAACCUUGAUGCGUCUGCCUUCGCCUGCCUGUCUGCCCUUGUUCUCCUCACAGAUCAAGUCCCGGGUCUGAAGGACUCGAAGCGCGUGGAGGAGCUGCAGAAUAAAGUCAUCUGCUGUCUCAGGGACCACCUGGGCUGCGGGGCGUCCUCCUCCUCCACCAAGGCCGCGCCUCCUCUGAGCCGUGUGCUGGGCCUGAGGGCAGAGCUCCGCUCGCAGAGGACCCAGGGCCUGCAGCGGAUCUUCUACCUGAAGCUGGAAGACCUCGUACCGCCGCCGCCGUCAAUCGACAGAUUCCUGGACACCCUGCCCUACUGAGGACUCGGGCUGAGCGCGGUGAAAGAAACCCACGUCAACGUCCUGUUCAGGCCUUUUAACCCCCCCGCCUCCCCAAAGGGACAGAGAGAGAGAAAGAGAGACUCUCCGUUCUGGCCGAUGCAGAGCUGAGAGAGCAAAUUGAAAGCAUCUCGCUCAGUGUGGGGGGGGGGGAACCAAACGGACAACCAACAAAAACGCUUUUCAUCUGUAAAAAAAAAAAAAAAAAAAGAAAGACAAAUAGACAAUAACUCAAAAAUGCUUUGCAACCUUUUAUUUGAUCCUCCACUCUUUGUCUUGUGGGGGAGGAUGAUGAAGCUGAGUUGCACAGCAGAAUGACUUGUUCCUGUCCUUUCUCCAUCUGGGUGGCAGCUCACUUUUGCAAAAACAAAAAGAGAGAGAAGGGUUUAUGAGUACUGUUUUGAUCUGUGUUUUGGCCUCGCUCAUUCUGUCCAAGGACUUCUUCUUUUCAGAAAAGGUCAAGUCUCUGUGGGGCAGAAGGUUUGCUGAGCUGUUCGUGCCCCUGUGAGACUCAAGUUUCCUCCUGCUGAUAAGAGGAAGGGGGGUGUUUUCAUGCUGAAGUGUAGAGAAAUGUCAGAGGUCAGACAUGAAGGGCAGAGACGCGUACAAAUAUUUCAUAAACACGUGGAAGUGGCUAACGAGGCGGGCUCUUAAUUACAAAGUGCAAUUUCACCACAAAAAGGAAGACACGGAGGAGGGAAGGUCUAAUUUCAAACUCUAAAUUAUUUUAAUACAAAGACUUUGUUUGUGCGUGUGGCUUUUUACGCAGCAAAGGACAAACUGUGCACUAAACGAUCCAUGACUGAGUCACCCAGACUUGAACUCGCUCUUCUGUGUUGUUUUUAUUUUUUUGUUUGUUUGUUUGUUUUGUUUUCUUGUUUUCUAUUAUUAUCUCAUUUUAAAAAUCACAGGUUGGGGUUGAACAUGUGGAGGAGCGCACGUGGUCACAGAUUGGCUUGUAAAAGCACUUACAGAGAAGGAAGGGCUAUGAGUGCAGACACACGCCCUGGCCGCUCGGGCCGCGGGGCGUUCGACAGAUCCAGGAGGGAGGGAGGAGUUUUCGGGGAGGGGGUGUCGGGUUAAACAUUCCACAUUUGUGCUCAAUUUUUUUUUUCUUUACAUUUCUGUGGUGGAUGCUGCGCAGGAGUCCCUGAGCCUGAGAGAGGUCAGGAUCGUGGUGCAAGCUGCCGAGAGCUGCCAUCGCAUUUAAAAAAAAAAAAAAAAAA